AUGGGAGAAGAGGCAUCACUUAUCUCCCCACCUAGUGCGAAACGAGGGGGCACAUCUAUGCUCCUGUCGAUUGACGUGAUAUGUCGGACGCGACCUUGCAAGGCAGCACGGUUAUGCAGCUCGUACACCCAACGAUGGUUACAGCAUCAUGCACCCCCUGCCGCUAUUAGAUUCAUAUCAAGGGGGAAAGACGAGAAGGGUGGUUUGCGCCGGGACGUCGUCCCUGCCGAGACAGAUAACCCUAUCUCGAGAAAACUCGCGAAGCUGCAUGACAUCCCGAGGCCAAAGGCGGAUACACCCGGUUGGGGCGACCAGGACCAUGUGGCGCCUCUCUUAUCUGGCCUCUCGACUUAUGUUGGGGCGUUUUCUCAGCACCGGGGAACGGAGGCGGGGGCAGGGGGAAUCGCUCCGCUUCUGUGCGUCCUCCUCCCCCCUUUCCAGAGCUUUCCAGAGGUGGGGAAUCUCUAUGACGACUUUCACAUACCAGAGUGUGCAGUCGGACGGCGUGUGACAAAAGUGGUAACACUGCGUCUACGGUCUGUCGACGGGACUGUCGGUGUGGCUGUCGCCAACGAGAUGUUCGGCUAUUGCUACGUAGCUGAUGGCCGGCAAUCGCGAGAGCCUGGGAUAUGGCACAAUCUGCAGUCAAAUAUCGUCGUCUUGCUAUGCAUUUCGUGUCUCUAUUUCACCAGCCGCCGUGAACACAUCGGAUAUGGCGCAAUUCAGUCGUGCAUCAACAUCGUGUCUCGUAUAGAGUGGUAUGUGGCUCCGAGUCUCACCGCCUUGGUCUUGGUCCAUCAUGUCGACCGUCUCGAGUAG